UUGUUAAAAAAGUCACAUGUUUAAUGAUGGCAUUAACCAAAAAAGUUAUUAUGGUUGAAUGAAGCGUGUCACUCCUCUUCCUCCCUUACCUAUUCCUGUGCUUCUGUCCUAAGCUGAGGUAAGUAAGUUGGGACCUUCUAAACCAAACAUUUGUUGGCGACACAAAACUCUUCUCUGUUAUAUCAGAAUACCUCACUCACUUGCGCUCCAACAACAUCUUACAUCCUACUCUCCCUCUGAUUCUGAUCCCCUAAAUAAACUAUAACUUAAAUUCAAAAUAUGACUCCCCACGGCGGCUCCGGUUGCCGGACGGUGGUGGUCGGAGUCAAAAUGGAUUCCUCCAGCAAUGAGCUUCUCACGUGGGCUUUAGUUAAAGUUGCUCAACCCGGUGAUCUCGUUGUUGCUCUGCAUGUUCUUGGUACCAAUGAAAUUGUCAACGGAGAUGGGAAAUCUUCGCUGCUUUCUCUUGUCAAAGCAUUUGACUCUGUUCUUGCUGUUUAUGAAGGAUUCUGCAAUUUGAAACAGGUGGAUCUUAAGCUAAAAAUUUGCCGUGGUUCAUCGGUGAAGAAAAUUUUGGUUAGAGAAGCAGUUGCUUAUUCUGCAACUCAUGUUAUGGUUGGAACUGGCUUUCAUAGAAUUCGGUCAUCUACCACUGUAGCUAAGUAUUGUGCUAGAAAGUUAUCCAAGGAGUGUUGUGUUCUUGCUGUUAGUAAUGGGAAAGUUGUGUUCAAGCGUGACAGCUUGGCAUCAACUGUUGCUGAUGUACAAGGAUUCGAUGGUCAACGACGAAAUGGUUUGCUUGGUUCAAUUCAUUGGACAUUUGGUAAGAGUUCAAAAGUUCUAAAUGCUGAUGCUGAUGAGGGAAGUAGACGAAUUUCGGAUCACAGUUUAGCUAAGGUUUUAUUGGAUGCUAGAGAAAAUGUUGGAAAUCGGAGUUGCUCGAUUUGUGGAUCGACGUCGGAAUUGCAAGACACUUCUUGUCACCAACUUGAGGAAGGGUCUUCUGGUGUCGGUAGCAAUGAGAAUUCUUUGGCAAUAGUACCUGUACAGACUACUGAAUUGAAACCCGGUUGGCCACUACUACACCGUAAGAUUUCAUCGGAUAGACGAUUACAUGAUAAACCGUUCAUGCCAUGCCACCAGAUCUCUGUGGUCCAGUGGGCGAUGAGGUUGCCGCGUAGAAAUAUUUUGUAUGGUGUUGAUAAUGAUAAACAACCUAGUAUUUGUGAUCAGGGUCAGGAUCAAUCUGUGGCUUUGGAUAGUGAAAGUGGUGCUCUCGUUCCAGUAGAUUCAGAAAUAUGGAAAACUUCUUCUUCACCCGAAUGCAAUACAAAAAGCAUUCCUAAAGAAUUGGAGAGCCUUCAUGUGAAGUACUCGUCAACUUGCAGAUUGUUUGAGUACCAAGAACUUGUAUUAGCAACAUCAAAUUUUUUGCCUGAAAACUUGAUCGGGAAAGGAGGAAGUAGUAAGGUUUAUCGAGGCUGCCUUCGUGAUGGCAAGGAACUUGCUGUCAAAAUCUUAAAGCCUUCUUAUGACGUUUUGAAGGAGUUUCUUUUGGAAAUAGAAAUCAUCACUACAUUGUAUCACAAAAACAUUAUUUCACUCCUCGGGUUCUGCUUCGAGAAUGGCAAACUUCUUCUGGUCUACGAUUUCUUGUCAAGAGGAAGCCUUGAAGAAAACAUUCAUGGGACUGAGAAAAACCCACGCGAGUUCGGUUGGACUCAGAGAUAUAAGGUUGCAACAGGUGUUGCCGAGGCUUUGGAUUAUCUUCAUUGUAAAGAUGAUCGGCCUGUGAUCCAUCGGGAUGUAAAAUCAUCUAAUGUAUUACUCUCCGAAGAUUUUGAACCCCAGCUCUCAGAUUUUGGAUUGGCUACGUGGGCAUCGACCUCGUCAUCAAAUAUAACAUGCACAGAUGUUGCUGGAACCUUUGGUUAUAUGGCUCCUGAAUACUUCAUGUACGGCAAAGUAAACGAUAAGAUCGAUGUGUAUGCAUUUGGUGUUGUGCUGCUUGAGCUUCUUUCGGGUCGAAAGCCCAUAAGUGGUGAUUAUCCAAAAGGUCAAGAAAGUAUUGUUAUGUGGGCAAGUCCACUUCUAAAUAGUGGAAAGGUGUCACAAUUGUUAGAUCCUAGUUUGGGUGAUAACUAUGAUCAUGAGGAGAUGGAGAGGAUGGUCUUAGCAGCCACUCUUUGUAUCAAACGUGCUCCAAAAGCUAGACCUCCAAUGAGCAUUGUAUCAAAGCUCCUACAAGGCGAUACCGAUGCAAUCAAGUGGGCAAGGUUACAAGUCAAUGCCUUGGAAGCACGCGAAAUGCUCGACAAUGAAGCAUCUCCACAUAGUAAUCUACAGUCACAUAUUAAUCUUGCACUGCUUGAUGUGGAGGAUGAUUCACUCUCCAUGUGCAGUGUUAUGCAAAGUGUGUCAUUAGAAGACUACUUGAGAGGAAGGUGGAGCAGCAGAUCAUCAAGUUUUGACUGAGGAAACUAUUCAAAUACAACCAUAUAUUGCUACAAGAAAAUCUCUAUCCUUCUAACAUUUUUUUAUCACAAAAAUUUGUAGAUAAAGUUUUUUAUGUGCAUGUUCCAUAAGCUUUUGGCGUCUUCAUGGCUUUUAUUAAAGGGGUUUUUUGGAUGAGAGGUUGUUUUGUGUGUACCCUCCACCUUACCUUAAUAAUGAGGAAACUAUACCUUGUCAAUUUGUUGGGCUAGUUCUCCUUUUUCAUUAUACUUCAAAUGGUGUCUAUUUUUGUCACAUCAAGUUUUGUAAAAGGAUGAACAAGUUGUAAUUUAGAACAUUAGGAUCAUGGCUCUUAACCCUAAUAAUACUACAGCAAUCUGCUGCCUUACUAUAUCUUCACGUGUAAUCUCAAUCUGUUUCCCUCAUCAGCUAUGUCUCAUGUCUGUAUACUACUUUAUAUGUUCUGUAGAAUUGUACAAUUAUGUAUGUUUUAUAUGAAAAAUAAAAAUCCUUGUUGGCUGAAA